AUGGUGUUAGGGCUUAGGCAGUUCAUGGCAAGAGCCGGCAACGGUGGCAGAGAGCCUGUUCUCGAUUCAGAUAAUGGUGAGGAGCAAGUGGUUUGGCUGAGUGAUGUGGACAGUGCAAAAUGGCUAUGCCAUUGGUUUCAUGUCUCUGUUGCUGCAACCGUUUCAGGGGAUCCAGAGGCCUGCCCUUCUCCCUGUAUUUACACUCAGAUUGAAACUGAAGCUGAUGAAGAUGAGUCUGGGGACUCAGAUUCAGAAUUUAAUGAGGUUUUAGGUUUAUCCAAGUUCACAGAGAUGAGGCUUAUUCCUUCAGAUGCUAGUGGAUACUCUGUUUCAGAUAUUCUGUUAGUGUGUUGA